AUAGUAUAUUAUAUAAGUCAGACACUAGAAGAAGAAAAAUAAUAAAUAGUCUUAUUUAUCCAAAACUGAAAAAAAAAACAAAAAUAAUUUGAGAGCGAAAGAUCACACUGGCAACGCUCAUCACCCAACACAACUAAUCACCCACCACUAACAAUGACGGAGCCGCCGCCUCCACCACCAGUACCACCACCAUCACAAACGGUGUCGCCGGAAAAUGACGUCGCAAUGUCCCCCCAAAACUCCUCCGAAGACCCAGAAUCCUCCCUCCCCACCCAAAUGACGCCCGAGCCCGCUGUUCCAGAAUCUCCAGACUCCACCACGACCCGACACGACCCGGUUCCACCGCCGCGAAAACGUCGCCGUCGCAAGAAGUUCUUCACGGAACUCAACGCUCCAUCCUCCACUCGCCGAAGCGACGUAGCCAAGGACUGCGACGUGGAAGCCCUAAUAGCGAUCUCGGUGGGGUUUCCAGUGGACUCGUUAACCGAGGAAGAGAUCGAGGCGAACGUGGUUUCCACCGUGGGUGGCUCCGAGCAAUCGAACUACAUCGUCGUAAGAAACCACAUAUUGGCACGGUGGCGGUCCAACGUUUCGGUCUGGUUAACCCACGACCGGGCCCUCCGGUCGAUCCGGUCAGAGCACAAGGGCUUGGUCGAAACCGCGUACAGGUUCCUCCUGGAGCACGGUUACAUCAACUUCGGCCUUGCACAGGAGGUAAAAACCCUAAAGCUGAAACCUUUCGAUGGGUCUGAUCGAGGAACGGUGAUUGUGAUCGGUGCUGGGUUCGCGGGUUUGGUUGCAGCUAGACAAUUGGUGUUCAUGGGGUUUAAAGUCGUGAUUUUGGAGGGUAGGACCCGACCCGGUGGGAGGGUCAAGACGAAGAAGAUGAGUGGUGAUGGUGUGGAGGCUGCAGCUGAUUUCGGUGGGAGUGUCCUCACCGGUAUAAAUGGGAACCCUCUUGGGGUACUUGCUAGGCAAUUGGGUUUGCCAUUGCAUAAGGUUAGGGAUAUUUGUCCUCUGUAUUUGCCUGAUGGGAGGAGUGUUGACCCUGAGGUUGACUCUAGGGUUGAGGUUUCUUUUAACAAGUUGCUGGAGAGGGUUUGCAAGCUCAGACAGGCUAUGAUUGAGGAGGUGAAGUCAGUGGAUGUGCCAUUGGGGACGGCAUUGGAGGCUUUCAGAAGGGUUUACAAGGUGGCUGAGGAUAAGGAGGAGAGAAUGCUACUGAAUUGGCACCUUGCAAAUUUGGAGUACGCGAAUGCAACUCUCAUGUCCAAUUUGUCUAUGGCGUAUUGGGAUCAGGAUGAUCCCUAUGAGAUGGGGGGUGAUCAUUGCUUCAUUCCAGGGGGGAAUGAGACAUUUGUUCGUGCAUUGGCGGAGGAUCUACCUAUUUUCUAUGGGAGAACUGUGGAGUGUGUGAAGUAUGGGAGUGAUGGGGUGGCAGUUUCUGCUGGUGGGAUGGAGUUCAGAGGGGACAUGGUGCUUUGUACAGUGCCAUUGGGGGUGCUUAAGAAGGGGGAUAUUGAGUUUAUACCUGAGCUUCCUCAGAGGAAGAAGGAUGCUAUUCGUAGGUUGGGGUUUGGAUUGUUGAACAAGGUUGCAAUGUUGUUUCCAUAUAAUUUCUGGGGCGGGGACAUUGAUACUUUUGGUCAUUUGACUGAGGAUUUGAGUAUGAGGGGUGAGUUUUUUCUGUUCUACAGCUACUCCUCGGUGUCUGGGGGGCCCCUUCUGGUGGCUCUUGUUGCUGGGGAGGCUGCAAUAAGAUUUGAGAUGAUGUCACCGGUGGAGUCUGUGAAAAGGGUGUUGGAUAUUCUGAAGGAUAUUUUUAAUCCAAAGGGGAUUGUUGUUCCGGAACCUGUUCAGGCAGUGUGUACUCGGUGGGGGAAGGAUCACUUUGCAUAUGGAUCUUACUCUUAUGUUGCUGUUGGGUCUUCAGGAGAUGAUUAUGACAUUCUUGCAGAGAGUGUUGGGAAUGGAAGAGUGUUCUUUGCUGGAGAGGCAACUAGCAAGCAGUAUCCUGCAACCAUGCAUGGAGCGUUUCUCAGUGGAAUGAGAGAGGCUGCAAACAUUUUGAGAAUGGCAAAGAGAAGGUCUUCCAUACCUGACACAUCAAGAAGUAACACCCAGGAGGAUGAUGAUCUGCACAAACUGUUUUUGAAACCUGAUAUGGCAUUUGGUAGCUUCUCUGCUUUGUAUGAUCCAAAACUGAAUGAUCUUGAUUCCAGUUCAUUACUGAGGGUUAAGAUUGGAGGUGCUGGCAAUCUUUAUCUCUAUGCAUUGAUCUCAAAGAAGCGGGUCAUUGAGUUGAGUCAAGUGGAGGGAGAUGAGAACAGGAUGAGAAUUUUAAACCGCAAUUUCGGGGUGAGUUUAGUUGGGAGGAAGGGUUUAAGUGGUGCUGCAGAAUCUCUUAUUGGCAGCAUAAAACUGUCUAGACACAACUUUGAUGCAGUGGAUAAUUCUUAACAGCAUCAUGGAGAAUAGAACUUCCUUGAUCCUGUUAUGUUUAAACCUAUAUUCUUCUGAGAUCUUAUUAGACAAUGACUAAUUUUCCACUUGUAACCAUUUUUCUCAAGGAUGUUUCAUAAUGAACAAAAUCAGUUAGUAGUA